AUGACGAUGGUGGUGAAGCAGGGUUUUCGAACAUGGAGCUCCCCUGAUCCUAAUUUUCUCUCAAAUUCUCCCAUUUCAUCUCUUAAAACACAAAAAUUUCUCAAACCCACUUCACCUUUCUUCGCAAUUUUUGCUGGGCUCAAGGGCACAAGCCAAAAUGCCAGCAAUAUCAUCAGUGCUGCAAGAAAAGACAACGAAAAUGGAGAAUCGCAGCAAAGUUCACUGUACAUUUUUAGCUUCAAGGAGAGAAUGAUGUCAAGACUCCCAUUAGCGCUCUUAGCUGCCCAUGCAAUAAUGUUCGAUAAACCUCUGCAAGUACUUGCCGAAACAUGCGAAGCUGACAAUUCAAUCUUGAAUAUGAACAUGCCAUUGUUGCUCUUAGUUGCUCUAAUUGGAGCCACAGUUGGAGGACUUGUUGCACGAAAGAGGAAAGGAGAACUGCAGCAACUGAACGAACAACUUAGACAGAUCAACGAGUCACUAAGAAGGCAAGCUAAGAUCGAAUCAUAUGCCCCGAGUUUGAGUUAUGCUCCGGUUAGUGGCAAGCUUACAGAGGAUGAAGUGAUUGUUGACCCCAGAAAGCCCGAUUUAAUACCCCGUCUCAAAAACGGGAAAAGAUUCUUAAGAAAUCAAGAACCAGAAAAGGCGUUCGCCGAGUUCAAAUCCGCACUUGAGCUUGCGCAGAAUCUGAAAGAUCCGAUCGAGGAAAAAAAGGCUGCAAGAGGCGUAGGGGCAUCACUACAAAGACAAGGCAAAUAUCGAGAUGCCAUAAAGUACCACACGCUUGUUCUUGAAAUUUCACAAAGGGAAGGAGAAGAUUCUGGAAGUACGGAAGCUUAUGGAGCAAUAGCCGAUUGUUAUACUGAACUCGGAGAAUUGGAACGAGCUGCGAAAUACUAUGAUCAGUACAUUUCGAGGUUACAAUCAGACUGA